AUGUUUUUCGUUGGCUUAAAGCAAUCAGCCAAAACGGGGAUUUUCGCCAGAAAUGCCGCCCGUUUCAACUCUACCUCAGGGUCGCCCUCCAGUGGCAUGACCUGGAUCGAUUUCUUCAAAUUGAAGAAGCAAAACUCCAGAGUUAACAUGGUCUCUUCCGGAUUCACCAGUGUGGUGGGAUCGUUCGUGACCCUCACAGCGCUUGGAAAUAUCGAAAUCGACGUCGAAAAACCGAUCAUGGGCCUUGAUCCCUUGAUGAUCAUGGGUGGUUGUGUGAUCCUUGGUGGAGCCUUUGGCUACGUCUUGGGACCCUUUGUCGGUACGCCAAUUUUCAAUAUGCGCAACAAGGCACUUUUGCAGCAGUUCAAGACUAAGGACAGGCAGUUCUUCAACCACAUCAAGUCCAAGAGAGUGGAUCCUACAUCGCAGUCGUUUUCCAACCCUGUGCCAGAUUACUAUGGGGAGAAGAUCUACUCGUUGAAGGAUUACAAACAGUGGUUGAGAGACUGCAAUGCAUUCAGGAGAAAGACCAAGGAAUUCCUUUAG